CCUGCUUCUUCUGGGACAGCUGCACGAACGCUGCCCGCACCUCCAGCAGCUCCGCCGUCUUCUGGGACAGCUCUUUGGAUUACAUGUUGCCUUUCUGCCCAGCCAAGAGAUGGAGAGACUUUCAACUGACCUCUCAGUAGGCUGAAAUGAAGAAAUGAGUCACUGAGCUCCAGUAAGUGGUCAGGAAUGUGACGCCCAAGAGAAGAUGAACUUUGAGCUGCGCAUGCGGGAGGGGAUCUGCAGGCUGCUGGCCGUGAGCACGCAGAGGGAGCAGCUCCUGCACGCCGUGAAGAACCUGCUGGUGUGCAACGCUCGCAUCCGGGCCUGCAGGGCACAGCUGCAGGCCCCGGGGCAGCAGUCUUCAGAAAGUGGGACAAAAGACCGGAUGGCAUGCAGAGCAAGGGUUGCUAUAUCAGAUAUUCGAAUACCAUUAAUGUGGAAAGGCUCUGACCACUUCAGCAAAAAAGAAAAAUCGCAGCGCUACGCCGUGUUCUGUUUGUUCAGCAUGGGAGCUGAGGUUUUUGAUACUGAGGUGACUCUUGUGGAUGAAGCAGUCACAGAUAUCUGUUUUGAAAAUGUAACCAUAUUUGAUGAAGCAAGCCCAGAUUUCCAGGUGAAGGUUGAAGUCUAUAGCUGCUGUACAGAGGAGUCUUUAUGUAUAACAAACACUCCUAAGAAACUGGCAAAGAAACUUAAAACAUCCCUCAGCAAAGCUACAGGGAAGAAACUCAAAGCUGCACUGGAAGAAGACAGCACUGAGCCCCUUUUGCCUGCUGACCCAGUCAUCCAUGGAGCAAAGUUCAGUUUGCUGGCAUACACCACUCUGGGGCUGGAAAGUGCUGAGGACAAUUUCAGGACCCACAACCUUACCAUUACAGGAAAUGAGGAAUCCUCUUUUUGGCUGCCCCUGUAUGGGAACAUGUGCUGCCGUUUACUUGUGCAGCCCUCCUGCAUGGCCAGGGAUAUGAUGGCAGGAUUUCUAAAUCAGCAGCAAAUGGUAGGAGGCCUGACAAGCUGGAGGAGGCUGUACUGUGUACUGAGAGGUGGCAAACUCCUUUGUUAUUACUCACCAGAAGAAAUUGAGGCUAAAGUGGAGCCAGCAUUGACAGUUUCCAUCAACAAGGAAACCAGGAUUCGAGCUGUGGAUAAGGACUCCAGCAGAAGAGCCAAUAACUUCUCUGUUAUCAACCCCGUGGCUGGAGAGGGUGUGACGCAACGUUUUGCUGCUGACAGUAGGGAUGAACUCCAUCAGUGGAUGGAGGCUUUCUGGCAGCACUUUUAUGAUCUGAGCCAGUGGAAGCAUUGUUGUGAGGAACUUAUGAAAAUUGAGAUUAUGUCACCACGGAAACCACCUUUGUUCUUGACAAAGGAAGCGACCUCCGUCUACCAUGAUAUGAGCAUUGAUUCUCCAGUGAAACCUGAGGGCUUAGCUGAUAUCAUACAUAGGAAAAUUGAAGAGAGUGAUGGUGAGUUCCUUCUUGGCCAGCAGAAAGAGCCUGCAUCUGCCCUGUGGGCGUCACUCUUUGAUGGAUCUCAUGAGAUGACUGUUCACAAAAACACACAUCCGGACCCCAAAAGAGAUACUACCAGUCCAAAUGACAGCAGAGGAAAGAAAAGAAGAGCUCCACCUCCACCCUCUGAUAAGUCACCCUACAGGGCAGAAGCCCAGGUGAACACAGAGCAGCUGGGCAAGGAAAACUGGGGGAAGCCUGACCACACACCUGCCUUUGAGUCAGUGUUAGCUACGAAGAUGCAGCAGCUGCAAACCCCCAUUGCUCCCCCUUGCAAAAUUGGCCUUUGUGGGAAAAGUGGUUUAGCUGGCCUGGGGAAUCCUGUUUCUCUGCUGAGCAAGACCAAGUCUGAAACCAAACCAGUCCCAACCCCUAGACAUAAAGGCAUCACAGAAAUACUAGACCCCAGGUCCUGGCUGCAUCCAUAGGCAUCGUAUUUAGCUUAGAGGAGUCUUUGGAAUUUAAAGUUUCUCAGCCUUCUCCUAAUACCCUUCAUUAAAAGUAGAUUUUAGCAUUUAGCUCAAGUGUUUCCUGUGAGCCAGGGCAUUACUGCUAGCUGCAGUCUCAGCUGUAUUCAUUAGUGCUCUAUCUGAAUAAUUGCACUAGAAUGGGGGGGUGUUUCUCUGUCUGGAGUAACGGUGCUAUUUCUGAAAACAAUAGUUCAGUACUUUCCUCUUGAAAAACCACAGUGUUCAGGGUAAGCUCAGCUGUCCCCACAGCAGGGAUGUUCCCAGUGCCUUCUACCAGUCCCUCAGCUUAGCCCAUCCACAGCUCCUCAGACUACUCAAGUGGGAAUUCACACAUAUUCAGCACAGAUCUUGCAAAGCUGAUUUUCUUGGGCUCCAUGCUUGCUGCAUCCUCUCCAUGCCUUGCUGUUUAGGAAACACUGCCUAUAUGGUAAUCGAGUAUGAAAAGCUUUUGUGCUGUUCUGAAUGGCUCUGUAACUCCAUACAAAUUUCUGAGGCAGUUCCCUCAAUUUAGUGUGGGAUUUCCCAAGUUCCUGCUGGUUCAUGUGCAAUUGGAAUGGACCAGAAUUAUCUGUCUAUGAGCAAGGAUAUGAUCCAUCACUGCUGGUUUAUUUUGGGCUAAGACAAGCAUUCAAAAGCAGUUGCUUGGGUAUGUGCUCAUCUUAGGGUUGUUUUUCCUGACAAAUGUGGGUCUGUACCACAGCUCUCCUUUGUGGAGCCUCUCAGCUGUUCCUGCUGGGGAGCUGGUUUGUGAACAGGCAGUGACACUGGUAACAGGGCUUUGCACCACUUGUUCCUUCUGCAAUAGCACAGAAUAAGCACUUCAGGUGAAGAUCCCGAACUCUGAGAUUCUUUCAUCAGACUGUUCACUUCUGUUUCACUUCUAUAAGUAUGGGUUGUUAGGGUUCCUGUGGCACCUCAAAAGCAUCUACUGUAUAAGAAAGAGCUGUGUUCUCUUGGAUCCACAGCUUGAAUACCCAGCCAUUUCCUUGGUUGGUGCAUUUGUCUCAGAUGCUGGAACUUAUCCAAGGGCAAAGGUCUGCUUGCAGUUCUCCCUCUGCAGACUUGGUGCUCAGACCUGUGUUGAGAGGGUCAUAUCAGUGACUGUAUACAUACAGUUCAAUAUUUAUCAUUUUUUUCCCCCAAAAUGUGGAUGGCUCUGGGAGCUUUACCAUUUCUCCACGAGAUACUGUGGGCAUGGUUGUUUUAUUUUAUUUCAUUUUUUGUCUUCAGCUACGCUCUUGGCUCCACAGUUGUAAAGGUAUCUGCUGAAUUCCCUCAGUAGUUCAUUUGGGAUGGGGUUGAGAGGCAGGUUUCAUUUACAAUUCCUUUUGCAGGAUUAGAGCCCUUUGUUCUAGAAUGUCCUUGUUCAUUCUUCAUUUAAUCACGUUCCAUUUUCCCUCUGAAACAACCAUAAUCAUUCUUACAAUAAAUCAUGCUGUUACUUAAGUGGAUGGUUUGUGAAUGGCUUAUAAAUAGGAACAGAAAAAACUGAAGAAAAACUACAUGAUUAUGUAAAUCAGACAGUCAAGUAAGUGGACUGUGCAACUCUGAACAAGAAAUGGGAAAAAUUGGGAGGGGGGAACGAAUAUUUUCCAAAAUGCAGCUGCAGUUUAUUUAGCUUAAAAUCUAGCCUUAAAUGGUUCUGUGCUCAGAAAGAAAAAAACGCAUUUUCUUGGAAACCCCCUUUAAUUUUGUAGCUAUAUUUUUAAAAAAUCUCAUAAAUAUAUAAGGAUAGAAGGCACCAUAAUGAGGAUUUAUUUUUACAUUCAACAGACCAUUGAAUUUCAACAAGCUGUUUCUCUAUUAAAUUCAGUGGCUUUGUUUUGAACUGAACAUAGGUGUUUUAACAAGGCAUUUAAUAUUAAUUUGAAGUCUUCAAGUGAUGAGAAUUCACUCAUACCUCCUGUUGCAACACUUAAUUACCCCAGGUACAUUCUUCACUUGAUUUUCUAUUUGCAUUUCUAGCUCCACCUUAAGUUAUUUUGGUCUUUUUAUGCAUUUGAUUGCUUAUAUUGAUCUCUGUAGUAUCAGCUUUUCUAAUUGCCUGUGUGUAGUUAUAAAUCAUGAUUAUGUCCCUUUUAACCUUUUCUCUGAUGAGACUGAAUUCCUUAACUUUCCUAUGGCACCGGAUGUUACCCAAGACUAAUUAAUCUUCACAUUCCCUGGAUUUCUCAUGUACAGAAGUAUUUGUAAGGGUGACAUCUGCAUUAGAUGCCACAUGUCAAUAGUGAUCCAUCAGGACUGUACAGAGCCAUAAUGUGAUCCUCUUGCUCUGAUGAAUAUCUCCCUCUCUCUUCUCAAGAAUUGCAUCAUCUUUUCUUUUUCUUUUUCUUUUUUUUUUUUUUUUUUUUUUUUUUUUUUUUUU